CCUACAAAGCGGUACAACGGAUGCGGAGCCCCACCAUUUUUCUUUGAUUCUUUACUCUUCUUGCCAAAAGCCAACUACCUCUUUGAACGGUUUGUGAGCCCACGCUGAAUCGGACAAUCGCCGUUUCGUCGACGGAAGCAGUUUGUGUUUUUGCGCGUCGUCCACUGCUGCCCAAGAGUACCGCCUGAAGAUGUCAACCCUACUCACUGCCACCAUACUUCUGGCCUGUGCCCUGGCUGGUCUUUUGGACCGUGCCGAAGCCAAUGCUACUGGUGCUCCAGCAGGGGCUUGUACCAGCAUGAUGCCAAGUCAUAAUGGAGUACCCGCACAGCAGGGCACAGUACCAUUCACCAUCGGUCACAAUAUUCCAGAUGUAUUCCAGCCAAUGACAGAAUAUACGGUGACCAUUUCAUCUAACCCAGCGACGACAAUUAGAGGGAUCUUCUGCCAGGUGCGCGAGCCUGGCGACUCAACACGGGUGUAUGGCUUGUUCAAGCCUAGAUCAUCCUCACUAAAGGCUGGUGCAUGCACUGAGACAUUUUCGGGGACCGCCGGGGAGGCCACCAUCACUCAUUCGGAGAGGCUUAGCGGCAACAGCAUUGCAUUCGGCUGGACAUCACCAUCUAAUGGCACGACUCUGCCAGCCAACCUCCAUGUUGUAUGCACCGUUGUGCAUAUGAUGCCUACUUUUUGGGUCCAGAUCCCAUCAACGAAUUUCAGCGCCCCCGCUAGUCCCUCGACAGCAGCAAGUUCCUCUGUCACCGUGCCGUAUAACACCAGUGCAACAGCUGCAACAACAGCUGCAACAACAGCCACAACAUACACUGGAACAACAGCCGUACCAGCCACAACCAGCACGGCCGCCGCUUCCCGAGUCACCACCAUCAAUGGUUGGCUGUGUCUUGCUUCCAUACUGCUUACCUUCUCCCCGUUUACCGGAAGGUUGUUAGCCAUUCUCUUCAAAUAAUAUCAUUGUGUGUAUGUGUGUGUGUGUAUGUAUGUCCACUUUCCUCGUUUUCUCUGCAUUUGUAUGCGCUUGCCACCUGCUGUAAAAGUUAGAAAAAAUCUCUGUGCUCAGAUUAUUGUAGUAACGCCAGGUUUUUGUAUGUCGAUAGGAAAAUACCGUCGGUGUGGCACCUCACAAACAUGACCGCAAUGUCUUUUUUGAGGUAUUCAGUGCAGGUGAAUCUUACAUAGUGGCAUUUGUCACUGGGAUCAACACACGAUUGCAGCAACACUUUCCACUUUUCCAGUAUAUUCUUUCUUUGUUCCGCUUUGCUUACGGUUACAGCACUCAGUACAUGUACUCGGAUUGUGGCAAUCCCUUAACGACCUGCUUUGUCAGAGAGGGAGAGAGGGAGGUGUUAUUAUUGAUUGCUCCGAUUCUGCACUGUCCUAGGGUCCCCCCCCCCGCAUGAGUGCUUUGUUUUGUUUCUGAGCAGUGCUACAUGUGGUUUUCCUCUUGCCUUCAUUUGUUGUUUGCUUUGUUCUUAUUUCUGCAUGGUGACUCGUUGUCUUUCCAAGUUCUGAUCAAGGACAUGCAUUUCCCAACUCCCUA